ACAGUUCUCAGUUGUUUCUCUGCUGGUGAAUUGAACGGUAGUUCUUUUCAUAACUUAACUAAUUGAAGUCAAUAAGCCAAGUGUAAAAAAGUGAAGAUGUCCAAAAUCGGUAUUAACGGAUUCGGUCGCAUCGGUCGUCUGGUACUACGUGCCGCUGUCGAGAAAGGUGCCCAAGUUGUUGCGGUCAACGAUCCCUUCAUCGAUGUAAACUACAUGGUUUACUUGUUCAAAUUCGAUUCGACCCAUGGUCGUUUCAAGGGCACCGUUGCUGCUGAUAACGGAGCACUUGUCGUCAACGGCCAAAAAAUCACUGUCUUCAGCGAACGCGACCCAGCCAACAUUAACUGGGCUAGCGCUGGUGCUGAAUACGUUGUAGAAUCGACUGGUGUCUUCACCACAAUCGAUAAGGCUUCUGCUCACUUCAAGGGUGGUGCCAAGAAGGUAAUUAUUUCGGCACCAUCUGCCGAUGCACCAAUGUUUGUUUGCGGUGUCAACUUGGACGCCUACAAGCCUGACAUGAAGGUCGUAUCUAAUGCAUCUUGCACCACCAACUGUUUGGCACCUUUGGCUAAAGUCAUCAACGACAACUUCGGUAUUGUUGAAGGUUUGAUGACCACUGUACAUGCAACCACUGCCACCCAGAAGACCGUUGACGGUCCCUCAGGCAAACUGUGGCGUGAUGGACGUGGUGCCGCCCAGAACAUCAUUCCCGCUUCAACUGGUGCCGCUAAGGCUGUAGGCAAAGUUAUCCCUGAAUUGAACGGCAAACUGACUGGUAUGGCAUUCCGUGUCCCAACACCAAAUGUCUCAGUUGUCGACUUGACUGUACGUCUUAACAAGCCAGCUACAUAUGACCAAAUCAAGCAAAAGGUUAAGGAAGCUUCAGAGGGCCCAAUGAAGGGUAUCUUGGACUACACCGAUGAAGAGGUAGUAUCUACCGAUUUCGUCAGUGACACACACUCGUCUGUCUUCGACGCUAAGGCUGGUAUUCCCCUGAACGAUCAAUUCGUUAAGUUGAUCUCAUGGUAUGAUAACGAAUUCGGCUACUCCAACCGCGUCAUCGAUCUGAUCAAAUACAUGCAGAGCAAGGACUAAAGUGGAUAUGAGAACAAUUUAAAACAGAAGUAUUGCAGCUCGUAUGGGUUUAAUAAACGUAUACACACAAUAGAUCAGCAGCAUUUAAUCCCAAUAAACGAAUUAAAAUCCGCUUUACUUCUGUAACAACUGAAAAUAAAGUAGUAUGCAUAUGUUUACAUCUAAUUAUCAGAUGAUCCAACUGAAAUUAAAUUAUCUCUAAUAAAUGACACGUUAAGUAAAAAGAACCAAA